AUGUAUAAGAUAGAGCCACUGCUUCCGAGUGAUGCAUUUUCAUUGGAUGUAAUAAAUCUGGACUAUAGUACAGAGAGUUUUCCAUUAAGUUAUUACUUGUAUUACAUCAUAAACCAUACGGAAGAUUGCAUGGCAGUUGUUUCUCCUGUAGAAAGAAAGCGUUCGUUUUAUUGUCUUAGAGAUGUCUAUGGAAUUUUGAUGGGAAGGCUGGAAGAGAAGGACAAUGUUAUAUGUGCGCAUAUUUCUGUAUUGAGUGUGCAAUUUCGAAAAAGAAGGAAUGGAUUUGCAAGGCUCUGCAUGGAUAUACUAGAAAACAAUGCAAAUAUAUACAAGGCAUAUUUUAUGGACCUGUAUGUUAGAUGUACCAAUGCAUGUGCAAUCGAUUUCUAUAAGAAAUUAGGAUAUACUGUUUACAGACGAGUGCUUGAUUACUAUCAUGAUACAAAUGGUUAUGAGGAUGCGUUAGACAUGAGAAAGUCUCUAAAACUUGAUCCUGAAAACAAAUUUAUGCAAAAGGGCUCGGACAUACAUGCCUCAAAAUUGAAUUGA